UGAAAACACAUAUAAAAUGAUGGUGACAGAAUACUGUUCUCAAUUCCGACAGUUCGUUGUGUUUCUUGACGAUGAACAUCAAAAUAUUCCGAACAGAGUUUGUGCAGUUUGUUGUUAUUCUUGUCGUUGUUAGCGAUGUUGAUGGUCAAGGAAUCCUAACGGAUGGAAGUCCAUACUUUUGUGUCCCCCCUGGUAUAUGUCUAGGUGGAAUAGACCCAAGAAUUGUUACACCAGAAAACACCGAAAUGGCCCUAGACAAAGACAUUCAAAAACUAAUCGACGAGGUCUUCUUUGAUAAAAUAUUAACAGAUGGCACGCCCACGCCCGGCAUAGUAACUUGUCCACCUGGAUUGAUCCCCUGCUACGCUCAAGGGAGUAUGAGCAGUUGCGGUCAAAGGGAAGGCGGUAAAACCGAAGCUGAUGGUUUGGCCGAUGAGGACGCUUACCCUUGGCUGGGAUAUCUGAUGGGUCCGAACGAGAUGUAUUUGGGGGUUGGAUCACUACUCAGUCCUUACCACGUUCUGACUGCCGCACAUAAGGUUCUGGCUUUCAACGCUACACCAGCUCAAUUAUCUGUGUACUUCGGCGUGAACAACCCAGCUAAUUUGAACAAUCCACCUAAACCUAAUUCACCAGCGGACAAGAUCUUCAUACACCCUAACCAUAACAACAGUACACUAAAGAACGACAUCGCCGUAGUGAGACUGCUCAACCCUAUAGGCCUACUGGAACCGAACAAAGUGAACACAAUUUGUCUUCCGUCCGAAAGCACCACAAAUACAUACUUUACAGAUCCGCCACGCAGUUGCUUAGUGUCCGGAUGGGGUCAAAUACAGCCGAAUAACACAGCAGUACCCACACAGCUCAAGCAGGUUAACGUGAAUACCACGGACAUAGACACAUGCGAAAAAGGAUUCAGUGGAAAAUUGGAUACGAGUGUUUACCUCGACAAAGUUGGGGAAAUCUGUGCGGGAGGAGAAGCACAAAAAGAUGCAUGCUUCCAAGACGGCGGAGCCCCCCUCAACUGCAGAGAUGGAAAUCCUGACGUCUUUACAGUUGCAGGCAUUGUGAUAUGGGGCAAGAGCUGUGGUCAGCCUGGAGUAUACGGAGUGUACACCAAUGUUCCGGUAUACAGGCAAUGGGUAGUAGACACUAUAACGCAACAAAUCCCAUAGCAACCCAUUAUAAAAUCUCAAGAUUCCGUGAAAUGUACAUAUUUGAAUUUUUUAUAGGGUAAAAGAAUAUAAAACAAACGAAUAAAUUAUAAA